AAGUGCCAUAAAAAUAAUUCAAAAUAAAUUGCUUUACAUAAAAAUUUGGUUUCGGCAGAGCAGCGCGCCCAACUGUUUUAUAAGGUGUAUAAUUUGGCCAUAAUAAUGCGCAUCAUGGCAGCAUCCAUCGCGGGGUUGGUUAUUAAUUCUCGGUCGACGCGUCGUCGAGGCCGAGACAUAAAUAACGCGUUUUAUGCGUGAAUAUACUUUGCAUUUUUCGCAGACACGGCGGAGUCCUAGUUAAGCCGUAAAAAUUACACCAGCCAGUCAAGCAGCCCCGACUUUGACUUCCUCGAAGGACCAAGGCAAGUCAUGUCAGCUGGCCUAAUCCCCAGGUAGAUAUCCGCCUUGAUUGGCCGCAAUGAAAGAUGCCAAGUCAAUACUUUUGAUACUCCCAGGGGUCUUGUGAGAACCGGUGGGCGAUGGUGAGUGGGAUAAACGCUGACUUGUAAUGUCAUGUAAUUAGGGUAAUAAUCGGCUUGCCACUCGAGGUUUUAUCCCGCAGCCCAAAACGACUUUGUUAUGCAAAUCUUUCUGUUGGGUAAGCAAAGAUAUUUGAGGAAAAUUGGAAAGACUUUAAGUCAUCUUUAAAUGUGAUGAUUUUUGGGUAACACAAUCGUAAUCGGAAAGUGCUCUCGCCGCAACCUUUUGUUAUAGUUGAAAAUCAAUAAAGGACCUUCGUUGGCAACCGUUUCCUGGCAGCCAAGAAGCCGAACUAAUAAACAAUGUUCAACUUUCAACUAUAUCAGUAUCUGGUGUUUGCAUAUUUUGAGAGUCUAGAUUUGUUAACAUGGAUUUCACGUACUGCGAAUUCCCCAGCACCGUUUCCAUUGACACCUUCAAGGCCUAUUUCAAUCUCACCGAUGUCAAGUUGCCCAAAGUCGGCGAUAAAUCAGUGGACACAAUCCAUAUCCCCAGCGAAGACCAGGAGGACCAGACCAAUCAAGCGAAAAGUCUGCGACAUCUUGUUCUCAAUGCCAUCGUCGAGAAUUGGAGUGAGUUGCCGCUGUACCGGCAGCUGGGCCGUCGCGAGGACCGCAACUACCUCCUUAGCCAUCUGGACGCGCAGCUGCCGCUGCAGCUGCUCAGCGCCCACAUCCGCGAGGACUUCUUCUGGCAGCGCUGCUACGGCCACCGUUGGAGGAGCGCCCCACUUCAGGCGCGGGGCAGGGAGCGGCCCUGGAUCAACAUCUACAUGGAGCGACAUGUGCAGGAGUUUAUUGAAAACAUGCCGACGGGCGACUAUGAGCAGGAUGGCAACGUUCAGGUCGUCCUGGACAUCUGUGCGGCGUACAUAAAUCAGUUGGAGAUAAGUUUCCUUCAACCCGCUCCGCCCACAACCGAUGCAAAUGAUCACAUUCCGCUUGAUUACCUACUGAGCAAUCUGCCGGAUUUACGCCAACUGCGGCUGAGCUACAGCACCAAGACGGUGGGUUGCAAUUACCAAAUGGGCUGCAACCAACUGACUGUCAGGGAUAUUCUACACUUGACCAAGGGACUCAGUCAGUGCCACGAGUUGCGGAAGUUCUGCCUGCACAACACGAAGUUAAUGCCAUAUCAGUUACGAUUUCUGGCGCACAGUUUGGAUAAAGGAUGUCACCAUCUGACCGAGAUGUCCUUGCUGCACUGUGCAGUGGGAGAUGCGGGAAUACGCUGCUUCUUGGAGACGUGCGGCAAGGAGUCCUUCGGCACUCUCACUGUCCUCGAUUUGACCAAUAACAAGAUCACUGAAGAAGGGGCUUACAUUCUUAGUCGCACCCUGCGUCAUGUUCCCCUCGAGAAACUGGUGCUUCGCUUGAAUCCCAUUCAAAGUGACGGAGCUGCGGCCAUCUUCAACACACUUCAAGUCAUGCCCAUCAAGGAGUUGGACCUGGGAACUUGUGGAAUUACAGAAACGAUUACCAAACUGUUUAUGAUGCUGAUUUGCCAACACACGAGCCUGCUGGAAAUAGAUUUGUCUAAUAAUUCCUUGGGAGAAGACUUUGGCAAGCACUUGAUGAAAAUCAUUAGCUGCAACAAGGUCCUUGAGAGGUUGGACCUUCGAAAUACAGGUUUAUCGUUAGAUAUGCGUAGAAAAUUUCAAGAUUUUCUGCUUAAAAAUGUGGAUCGUAAGAAGCACGAGGCCUUGAAGCAAAAGCAGCGUGAUAAGUUUAAGGCCAUGAUGCAGCUGUAAAUAAGAUUAGAUAUUUGUAUUUUAUAACUAAGCAUUUUAGUAAAUAAAUGU